ACUCCCUUAACAGUAACUAAGUUGGUCCACCUCUCUUCUCUUAAAAAAUACCUCUAAACCCGAGCAUGAAGUUCAAAUUUUAAACACUUUUUUUUCUUAGCAACAGUAAACUCCAUUACCUAUUUCGGAAGACAAUUGAAAAUGUUGUCUGGAGAAAAGGUAUCGAGUGAAGAUUCUUCUUCUUCACUUGUUACUCAUACUUUGUCAAACAACCCAAUGUGCACUUGUGGGUCACCUGCUUCACUUAGAACAUCGAAUACGCCAAGAAAUCCAGGUCGAUCAUUCUUUGGGUGUUCCAAGUACAAUUCUCAGGGGUUACCACACUGCAACUAUUUCAAAUGGGCAGAUAGCGAUAGCUGCCAUGAAAGGGAAAAAGAACUUGUUAAAUUAAAAAUUGAGAUGUUAAGAAAGGAGGAAGAGCUUCACCUUGCACAAGUAGAGGCUCAACAAAUAGCCAAAGAGGUUCGAAGAAGAGAGGAAGAGGUUCAAAGAAGAGAGGAAGAUGUUCGAAGAAGAGAGGAAGAGGUUCGAAGUUGGAUGGUAGAGGUUCGAAAAGUCUUGGAAGAGGUUCGAAAAAUAGAUGGGGAAAUUGUCAAGAGUGACUUGGGAGUCCAGCCUCAAUGCACAAAUAUAAAACUGUGGUGUAUAAUUUUUAUAUUACUUUAUUUGUACUUCUCACUUUCGCAGUGAAUACCCACUGAUCGUUGUAACCUGUGUAUAAAACUGAACACUUGUGUUUCUGCUUUAGACUAGUAGUUAUGGAAAUGUGUAUAAUAUUUUUUGAACAAAUCCAUAGUCUGAAUUGUGGAACACGUUGGGAGCUUCUGGAUAAAACUGCAUCUAACUUGUGGUUUUCAGUUUUAGGAAGAUAGCCUAUUUGGAAUGUAUUUGGCAUGUAUGAAGGAAAGUGCUGAUUGUGUAUUUGGAAUGUAUGAAGAUGAUGCUAUUUGGAAUGUAUUUGGCAUGUUUUGGGA